UUCAUUGGUAGCCCUGCCCCGCCGUGAUCCUAGGCCGAGCUGAUCCGAUGGUCCCCCACUGCCCCCAGCGGACGGUCAGGAUUAACGACCGGCAGCCAUCGACCACCCGCGGACACCAGCGAACCUGAAGCUACCCGCGGAUACGGCGACGGUCGCGGUCGCAGGGACGGCGACGCAGCGACAUUUACAUCGCCCAAAUCUCGCCUCUCUCGCUCGAUUUCAUCCGCAAACAGAGCGAAAUCGGAAGAGAGAGAGAGAGAGAGAUCGAAUCCUUCGCAAUGCAGUCGCGCUUCCGAUCCCUCCCUCGCCUCCUCCGAACCCGCCGCCUCCCCCUCCUCUCCCCCUUCUCCUCCUCCUCCGCCCUCGCCGCCCCCCAUCCGCCACCGCCGCCCCCGCCGACGCCGACGCCGACGCCGACGGCCCGGAGGACCCUGGCGGGCCUCCGCGCGCGGCUCGCGGAGGAGUGCCCCUCGCUCUCCGACUUCGUCGGCCUGAAGUCGAGCGACGCCUACUCCGUGGAGGUCGGCACGAGGAAGAAGCCGCUUCCGAAGCCCAAGUGGAUGAGGGAGUCGAUCCCCGGCGGGGAGAAGUACGUGCAGAUCAAGAAGAAGCUGAGGGAGCUGAAGCUGCACACGGUCUGCGAGGAGGCCAGGUGCCCUAAUCUGGGCGAGUGCUGGUCCGGCGGCGAGACGGGGACCGCCACGGCCACCAUCAUGAUCCUCGGCGAUACCUGCACCAGAGGCUGCAGAUUCUGCAAUGUGAAGACCUCGCGCACUCCGCCUCCACCAGACCCUGAUGAACCGAGGAAUGUGGCGGAGGCAAUUGCUUCCUGGGGUUUGGAGUACGUGGUGAUAACUAGUGUGGACCGGGAUGAUUUGCCCGAUCAAGGGAGCGGUCAUUUUGCCGAGACCGUGCAGACACUUAAGGCACUCAAACCCAAAAUGCUUAUUGAAGCCUUAGUGCCAGACUUCCGUGGAGAUUCUGGCUGCGUAGAGAAAGUGGCCAAGUCAGGCUUAGAUGUCUUUGCUCAUAAUAUUGAGACAGUUGAAGAACUUCAGAGUGCAGUACGUGAUCAUCGUGCUAAUUUCAAGCAGUCUCUGGAUGUUCUCAUGAUGGCCAAAGACUAUGCACCUGCAGGGACACUUACCAAGACUUCAAUAAUGUUGGGCUGCGGCGAAACACCUGAUCAGGUUGUAAAAACUAUGGAAAAGGUGAGGGCAGCAGGAGUAGACGUGAUGACAUUUGGUCAGUAUAUGAGACCAUCAAAACGUCACAUGCCAGUUUCUGAAUAUAUCACGCCUGAGGCUUUUGACAAGUACCAAAACCUUGGAAUGGAAAUGCAUUUGGAUCUUUUUCAUUUCUACAUAUGGAAGGAAAACAUAGAAAAUCCGGGUGCAAGCAUAUGCUGUAUGUAUCGACCGAGCGAAAAUCGUGGGAUUUCGGUAUGUGGCUUCUGGUCCAAUGGUUAGGUCAUCAUACAAGGCAGGGGAAUUUUAUAUCAAAUCUAUGAUAGAAGCAGACCGUGCCGGCUCUGCACAUAUUCCUGUCUCUGGAUGAAUUGGCAAACGAUUCCUUUGCGAUUUUAAACUUAAAAUCUGUCAGCUUCUCUACGUUACUUCUCUGAGGAAUAUGCAGCUCAAGUUAAUCUACUUUGACGGGUCCAAUUGGAGUCAGAAUGACACAGAAACUGGGGUUUGUCGUCGUGUGUGCGACUUUGAGCAUGUAACUUCAGCUUCCAUGAUUGUCUUUAGCUUGGGUCGCUUCUGUUGUUGGAGUUCAGGGUAUUCCUUGUAUAUGCAAUUAUUUCUAAUAAUAACAUCAUCAAAUGUUACACAUC